AAAACAGCCCGUAUAGUCGUAUACACACACAGUGGCUCGUCUGCGCGCCGAGACGAUGCUGGGGAUGCGGAGCUGCUGGCGCGUCUGUAUCAGCAGCAGCAGCAGCAGCAGUAGUAGUAGGAACGUCGUCUGCCGGAGGAGUCACGUCAGCGGCGAGGAAGUCGUGCUCCUGCCGCCCUCCUGCCAGUCCCAAUAAUAUAAGACACAACGACGUCGGCAAGUAGCAGCGGCAGCCGAGAGACAGGCGGGGCCGCAGCUGCAGUACGCCUCGCGCCCUCUCCGCAAGCCUGCGUUUCUCUACGUUAUUCGGAGGAAUAGGAGCAAGGGCCGCGAGAGAGCUCGUCGCCGUCGGCCAUUGUCUCAGCGCGCUGACAUGGAAGCCUACCAAAAUGGCAGAAGCCGCGCAGAUGUUUUUGUUCCUGUAUAAGUGCAAGUACCGGCGAAAAGUCCGGGCGGGAGUCGUCGCCCCCGCCGGCGAGCCUGCUGAAGACGGGGAGGAGAAAGCUGGCCGGCGGCUGCGGUCCAGGCAUGCCGGUGGCGCCGGCCAGCUGCUCUGGAGCCUCGUCGUCUGGACGACGCUGCUGCAGUGCGUGGCGCCCCUCGAGACGGCUGCCGCGAGCUCGCAGAACAGCAUCGUCGGGGCUAACGCCUCCGCGUGUGACCUCGACAGCUGCCUCAAUGGGAACUGCGUCAACGGGAGCUGCCUCUGUCGAGAGGGCUGGCAGGGACCAAAUUGUCAAUACUGUGCUAGCAAAGUCAGACUGUCGGAGCCGUCAGGUAGCAUCCACGACGGCGUGGGCAACUACACGACCGACGUGAAAUGCUCGUGGCUGAUCGAGAGCACAGUCAACUCGUCGAUACGCAUGCACAUCGAGGAGUUCGCCACGGAAUGCGGCUGGGAUCAUCUGUACAUCUUCGACGGGGACUCGGUCGAGGCGCCCCUUCUCGGUGUCUUCACCGGGCUCAUGCACAAGGACGACUACCACAUCAGACGUGUUCCCGAAGUCAUAGCGCGCUCGGGCAGCGCCCUCCUGCACUUCUACUCCGACGUCGCCUACAACAUGAGCGGCUUCAAUAUCACUUACAAAAUCAACGCCUGUCCCAGCAGGGACUCUCAAGUCGACUGCUCCGAUCACGGAGUCUGCAUCGAGGGUGUCUGCACGUGCGACGCCACGUGGAUGGGCGAGGCUUGCGACGUGCCAGUCUGCCCCAACAACUGCUCGGCCCAUCGAGGACAGGGCGAGUGCAACCACGAGUGGCAUCGCUGCGACUGUUCUCCUGGAUUCAAAGGAGCCGACUGCAACCAGACGAGCGAGCAGGGCUACUGGGAUGCGGUGAACUACAACGACCUGUCGCCGGAGGGCUCGGCAAGCCACUGUGCCGUUGUUUGGCAGGACUCGCUUUACGUCAUAGGCGGGGAGAGCUUUCACCGCGCCAAGAUGAUCUACAUCUACGACUUCAACGGCAACGUCUGGGAGACGCCCCACAUCACCGGUGUAAAACCUCUUCCCCGGUAUGGUCACUCCUGCGUUUUGUUCGGUGACAAGAUUUACAUGUACGGCGGCGUCAUUGACAACUCCACCGUCACCAAUGAGAUCUGGGCGUUCGACGUGUCUGCCAAGCUCUGGGAGAAUGUCACUGUGCAUGACAAUUGCGUCAACAAGACCAUGUGCGGACCGCUUAAGGUUGCCGGACACACAGCGAAUCUCGUGCAGAGCCACGACAAGAAGGAGAAGAUGGUUGUCAUCUUCGGGCACUCGCCGCAGUACGGCUAUCUGAAUACCGUCCAAGAGUACUACUUCGGUGCGCGCGAGUGGCAGAUAGUCGAAACCUUCGGCUUCCCGGUGAAGGGUGGCUAUGGUCACAGCGCGGCCCACGAUCCGCACACGAAUCUCAUCUACGUCUACGGCGGCUACGUGUCGGAGAAUCCGGGUACUCAGGUCCUCACCAACAGACUGUACUCCUACCAUCCAAACCGACCAAGAGAGUGGCGACUUCUGACCGCUGCACCGUCCGCGCGUUUCUUCCAUACAGCCGUUUUCGUUAGCGGCUCGCUCAUGCUCGUCUUCGGUGGCAACACUCACAAUGACACCAUUCACUCGUACGGCGCCAGGUGCUAUUCUGCGGACAUGGUAGCUUACGAUGUAACCUGCGACUCGUGGAGGCAGUACACUAUGCCCAGAGAAAUGGCCGACCUGUCAAGGUACGGGCACAGCGCAACCGUUUUUAGCAAGUCAAUGUACAUCUACGGUGGAUUCGACGGACAGAUGCUCUCGGAUAUGCUCAGGUACACUCCAGGAACGUGCGAGCACUUGCGCAAUUACAGUCAAUGUUUGAACUCUAGAAUAGGUCUGAAAUGUGUGUGGGAUAAGAAAGCGAGCGUUUGCCUGCCCAUCACAAAGAUCGCAAAGACUGUCCUAAUAAACGACGAUCCUCACGACGGCAGGUACAUGCGUUGUUUGUACGAUACUCUGCCGCGUGGCAUGACCUCGCACAAAGAGCUCUGUAAACUGCUGACUGACUGCGUCGCUUGUGUGCAAACCUCUUACAACUGCGUCUGGUGCGGCAAGAACUGCGCGCAUGAGGUCUGCCGGAAUGUCGCUAACGCGCCCCAGACAAGAGCCAUUAACUCUCUCGAUAUGUGCGACGCACACACCGGCAUCGAGUGCUAUCAGCUGCACUCGUGUCAAGCCUGCUCCAGCAAUCCCAACUGCAUUUGGUCCUGGUCGAACGGUCCUGAUAGGUGCAAGCCCCUGUCUGAAAUCGCUAUUGUGUUUAAGGCGAGUGCGAACAACACGAUCCAACCGCAGCGAUCGCCGGUGGACAUCUGCCGAAGCCCCUGCGUUGAGUACACGUCAUGUCGCAACUGCACGGAGGCCGAGUGCAUCUGGUGUCAGAACGAGGAACGAUGCGUCGAUAAAAACGCCUAUCCAGCGAGUUUUCCCUACGGCCAGUGCCGCGAAUGGACGACGGCGUCCGAAAAGUGUCGCAACACUAAGUCUGGCAACGAGUGGUGCAGUUCACACAAUUCCUGUGCAACCUGCAGGGCUGACCCGGCCUGUGGUUGGUGCGACGAUGGGUCGAACACUGGGCGGGGAAAAUGCUUACCUGGAGGUGCGCGGCAACCCAGUCACAGGAGCCCCGAGAGUUGCCCGUUGGAUCGCUGGUACUUCACAGAGUGUCCGAUUUGUCAAUGCAACGGACAUAGUACAUGUCAUCCCAAUAGCAGCGAGUGUAUUCAACCGUGUGGAAAUUUAACGUACGGACCUCAUUGCGAGAAGUGUAGACCAGGCUUUUACGGCAAUCCUCUUAAUGGAGCUACUUGUCAACCUUGCUCUUGUAACGACCAGGGGACUAACUGCACCGGAGAGACGGGAAAAUGUUUCUGUACAACGAAAGGUAUUAUAGGUGAUCACUGUGAAAGAUGCGACAUCAGUGGACUCUAUCACGGUGACCCCACGAACAAAGGAUCAUGUUUUUAUGAUCUGGCAAUCGAUUAUCAAUUUACGUUUAAUCUUAGUAAGAAAGAAGACCGCCACUACAGAGCGAUAAACUUUAAGAAUUCUCCUCCAAAACCUGACGUAGACGCCGACUUUUCCAUAACGUGUUCCGUAAUCGCCAGGAUGAACAUAACUAUCAAAAAGGCGAACAGUCCGGAAAAACCGUUACUCCUCGGGGCAAACUGCACGAAUCUGACCUACAAGCAUCGCUUUAGUAAAGCUGACUACAAUUUCGGCAACGAGGAUAACAACACGCUCACUACGUUCUACGUCUACGUUUACGACUUCCAACCUCCGCUGUGGAUCCAAAUCUCGUUCUCCCAGUAUUCCAAGCUGAAUUUGCAGCAGUUUUUCAUAACAUUUUCUACAGAUUAUAUGCCUCCACAUAGGUGCUUCCUUGCUUUGUUGCUGGUGGCAGCAAUCCUCUGGAAAAUCAAACAAAAGUAUGACAUGUACAGAAGGAGGCAGCGUCUCUUCGUGGAAAUGGAACAAAUGGCUAGUCGUGCCUUUAGCCAAGUUCUCGUGGAAAUAGAGAGGCGCAAUUCAAGUAUCACGGAAACUGAUGGUAGCGAUACCGAAAUGAACAAUUCUCGCAAGAAGAAGAAGAAGAAGGAUGCUCCGAGUCCGAUAGCUCUGGAGCCUUGCUGCGGCAAUAGGGCUGCGGUUCUUUCCUUACUAGUCAGGCUGCCGACCGGGGGCGAGCCUUACACGCCGGCGGGUCAGAGCGCAGGCCUCGCAGUCGCUUCGGCUCUCGUAACCCUAGGCAGCCCGCGUAGGCCCUCUCAGGAGCUAACCAUCAAGGAGCCUAAGAAGUCACGAAAGUCGAGCAGUCAGCAUCCAGAGUCGACUUGCAUUUAGCGCUAAAACAGAGCGUGAGAGAGAACAUAAGAACGACAUAAAAUUUUCAUCACACUUUGAAUAUUUCAUUGUAGCAGAAGGAUCGUAGGCCUUUGAACUUUCCCAAGUUCACAUACUCAUCGAAGAUUCUCACACCGUAGAAAGACUCUUCCGUCAUCUCUUGUCAAGCGACGACUCGAUCAACUCCCGAGUUCUCCUUCGCACACUAUACCAUUUCUCUCGAUAACUUGUUUUUAAUUUUCUUUUGAUAAACUCCUUUGUCAAUUAAAAUCAUUCCUGGUACUUAGAUCAUUUAUCUCGUGAUACAAAGACUGAGUAAAGCUAGACUUUUUCCCAAAUCCAUUCAAUUUAUAUACGUAAGUAGUAAAAGAAACGUAGAGCAUUAAAAAGAAGCUUGGUCUCGAAUUGCGUGUUAUGAUAGACAAGCGAACUAUACACGUUUAAAUCUCCGUCUGAUUGGGAAAAAUUCUUUUUUUUCCAAUUUCUCGAUAAUUAUUUAAUGCGGAGGAGAAAAGCCAAAAGAGAUUCGUACAAAGAAUAAGAGACAUGGAAGAAAUCACGGCGAGAGUUUGUACAGUUUUGUAUAUAUAGUUAUACAACGGAUAUCGGAACUUUUUUUAUUAGACGACGAAAGCAGAUUUUUUUUAUCGCUAUACAAACUACUGACGCGAAUCGCGAGUCUUCUUGGUGACUACAGUUAUUAGGGUAAUAUUGCCUACAUAGUAAGAUACAGAGGAAGUUGCAUUAUUAGUCGUUCAAUUAUUUUGUGAGAAUGAUCGCUCACUCAGUCUAGGAAAAAAGAAAUCACAUUUUCGAUACUCGUGCUUCGUCGAUUUGUAUAUAAUUCUACAUAACUCUAUGCCAAGUUAGAGUCGACGUCGACUAAGAUAAUGAUAAUAAUAAUAUAAAAAGGAAAAGGUUAAUGAGGUAAAAGCUAUAGUUGUACAAAAAAUAAAUGUAAAUCGAACGAAAGAGCAAUUGAAUGCACGAAUUUUAGGUAACAUUUUUAUCUAUAUUUCUCGAUAAUUAGCACGACUUGCCGGCUGUACUUUGUGAGAAACAUAAGGUUGAGAAAUGCAAUAAUGAUAAAGUGCAGUCGUCUUUUCAGUUUUUAGAUCUUAUGCAUUCAAGUUACUCUUAAUUUAUAAAAAUAAUCGUCUAUAAAACCAGUGCUGUAAAUUAUCUUUUUUUAAUUUGAAUAUAAAGUAAUAAGAUUAUGCACAGUGAUGCCUUCUUAAAAUGUAAGUUCUUUCUAACAAUUUACUUCAAUUCUCACGUGCGUCCUUCUUAUUAUAUCAAGAGAAAAAAAUUUACUCAUAGCGUAUAAGUAAUAUACUACUUCAAAAUUGAACAAAAUAUUUUAGAAAAUUGUAAUCGUAUAAUCAUUAACUAUUCAAAUAAAAAUCGUAUGUGAGCAUAAUUUGGGAGAAAUGGUUUACGCAUUUAGUUCUAAGAUAAUCUUCAGCACUGUUUACAUGCUUUAUAGAUACAUACAUAUUGUGAUCGGAGGAAUAAUUUCGUAGAUAAAUUUGUCUACUCUAAAGUUAAACAUUAUGUUUUUGUCAGCAAAUCUAUUCCAUGUUAUGAAAAUUGGAUUAUACUUGACCCAUUAAGAGGAAGUAAAAACAACGCAGUCUCGAGGAGUAGACGAUUGCGUUGAGUUCGAAUCCUAAUUUUAAUCAUCGUACCCGAUCCACGUUGAAAAGAACAAAAUAAUGUACAUUGUAUAACCAUUCCAGAAUUUGUUGGGUAUCAGUUUUUGUAAAAUGCUUGACUUUAAAGAACUUACUGUCGAACUCCACGCGAUCAUUAUAAAACUAAGCACAUUCUUCAUUCUUUUUCAUUAAAGCGUAUUCAGCUUUAUCUAGUCUAUAGUAAAGAAAAAUCCGAGUAGUGGAUGUUGUAUUACAGAAAGUGCGUGUCAGACUUUUGCGGGAUAUCCAUUAAAUAUUUAAAAAAUGCAAUUUGCCGUAAAAAUAACUGAAAACAAUCUUGUGUGCUGCAGUAUUUUUUUUUGUCGUUACGAUACUCUUGAAAUUUUGAACAAAUAGAUAUAUUACUUGCUUAUCUCAUUAUUUAGUUUUACGAUUAACGUUACGAAGAUCUGCAUUUGUAUAUUUUGCCAUUGUAUAAUCCAAGUGUUUUCAGAGCAGGAUGAAAUGUACUGUUAUAGCGGUUUUAGGAUCGAAAAAAUUUGUGAUGUUUUAAUUUUUUAAUUUCAUAUUUACGUUAUGAAAUUAUACGUUUGAACUAAGAGACUUGAAAUUUUUUUAUUAAUAUUCAUAAUGUUUAAGGCUUACUAAUCCUUACGGUUGUCGAAUCUAAACUAACAAACAGAACAAAAUUAUAUGAAUCUAGGAAAAAUUUAGAUGGCUUCGGUUACAAGCGCAAUAUCGUAGACAUUGAAAUUCAUCUUAGAAUAACCAAAAUUGAUGUGCAAUGCUAUUUUUUCUUUUCUCCAAGAGGAGAUUAAUCUCGAUUUUUCCAAGACUGGCAAAUGGCAUUUGGGCCGAAAGAAAGAGAAUGAACGCGCGAGGAAAAAAGUUUUUUUGCAACUGUAAACAAGAGUGCAUGCGAAAAAAACAAGACUCGGCUGUAUUUUUAUGCUAGUAUCGUAGGUAGGACUACAUGCGCCGUAUGAAUGUUGAUACAAAAGUGAGAUGCAUGACCAUUAAGAAAAACAUAUUGUAUUAUAAAAAAAGCAAAUAUUGUUUAAAUAAAAUUGAUAUAUAUGUAAA